AUGACAAUCACACGAGCAGAUAUUGAAAAGCAUAAUAGCCGGAAGUCUUGUUGGGUUGCGAUCCACGGUGCCGUCUAUGAUGUGACAGAUUUUUUAGAUUCUCACCCGGGUGGUGCAAAGGUCAUCUUACGUUGUGCCGGCAAAGAUGCCACCGAUGACUUUGACUCAGUCCAUUCACCAGAGAUUCUAACCGAAGCUCUGCCAGGUAGUGCCUUGAAGGGUCAGAUCGACCCCACCGAAUUGAAGCCCUCAAACAAAACACAAGGCUCUUCCAGCGAGACAGGAACCAAAAAAGAGAGUAAUGGACCUCCACCACUAAAGACUCUCAUCAAUUUGCACGAUUUUGAACGAGUAGCCCAAGAAUAUCUCCCCGCAAACGCCUGGGCUUAUUACUCAUCCGGAGCCGACGAUGAGAUCAGCAAGCGAAACAAUGCCAAAGCAUACCAAAAGGUCUCUCUGCGACCUCGGAUCUUACGCAAAAUCCUCAGCGUGGACACCACAACAUCCGUUCUGGGCCACUCCGUAUCCCUUCCAGUAUAUAUAUCACCAGUUGGAAUUGCCAAGCUUGCGCAUCCCGACGGUGAAUGCGCCUUAGCUGCAGCUGCCGGGAAAGAGGGAAUAGCUCAAGUCCUUGCUAAUGGCGCCAGCAUGCCCAUUGAGCGGGUGAUGGAAGCCCGAACUUCAGCGGACCAGCCUUUGUUUGCCCAGUUGUAUGUCAACCGUGAUAUCAGCAAGUCGGUGGAAACGGUUCGACGAGCAGUGAAGGCGGGGGCUCAGUCUAUCUGGAUUACCGUUGACUCUCCGGUGGUUGGGAAACGAGAGAUGGAUGAGAGGUUGAAUUUGAGCGUUAUGGCAGAAGAUAGCGACGCUCAAGGGCAAGGGGUUGCCAAGAUCAUGGCGAGCUCGAUAUCUCCCUUCAUUGACUGGAGUAUUCUUACGUGGCUGCGCGAACUUACGGACCUUCCGGUGGUGAUCAAGGGAAUUCAAUGCGUUGAGGAUGCUGUGCUCGCUUGUGAGCAUGGGGUGCAGGGGAUCGUUCUUUCAAACCACGGUGGCCGCUCUCAAGAUACGGCUCAAUCACCAUUAUUGACUCUCUUGGAAAUUCGAAAAUUUGCACCCCACCUCAUUGAGAGCAAGAUGGAAAUUUUCCUCGAUGGCGGAAUCCGUCGAGGAACUGAUGUCCUCAAAGCCAUUGCGCUUGGGGCUACUGCAGUUGGCUUGGGUCGACCGUUUCUGUUUAGUCUAUCGGCGGGUUAUGGGGAGAAAGGGGUGCGGCGUAUGCUGGAGAUAUUGCGACAUGAGAUUGAGUCUAACAUGGUAUUUCUUGGCGCGACAAGUCUUGAUGAGCUACGCCCAGAGAUGGUGAAUGCUGGUCGGUUGGAACGGGAUUUGGUUGGUACCGUUAAGUUGUAA